UUAGCACUUUUCGAUCUAGUCACUAUAAAAGUUUGCGCAACCCCCAGCUGCUGUAUCAGUUCCCUACCGUCGAUCGUACCGUUUAAAUCGUAGCCGUUGUUUUACUCGAUCGAGUGAGCCGCUGAGCUGGUUCUAAUUGCUUUAAGCCGUGUAGUAAAGAGCUUCUUGGGGUAGAUUUGAACAGCAGCAAUAAUACCAACUCGAGAAAAAUGUCCAGCGCAAAGGUUAUUCUGCUGGUCGGUGCUGUGAUGCUGUUCGGGCUUAGCGGAUCAGUAGCUCAGACAAGUUCUACGAAAGAUGCUUCGAUUGCAAAGGAAAACGUCACCGACACGGCCACCGUUACGGAAAGUGUGCUUUCUACGGAGCGGUUUAACGCAAGUCGCGUCCUGAACGCGAUCCGGGCCGAAAUCGAACGUCGCCGUAGCGAACGCCGGGAGCAAACCCUCCAAAGAACCCAAGACCGUCGGGAACAAAUACUACGGACGCUGGACAAUUUGAGCGAACGUCGCCGCGAAUACGAGCUGCGACGUCAAGAAGGAUUGCAGGAUGCUGAAGCCCUCAAGGAGGCUCGUCGCCAGGAUAUGGAGGCACGUCGAGUUGGACGAUUGCCACAACGUGAACGUGAGCGCGUCAAUCGCGUCCGGUUGGAACAGUUGUCCGAACAGACCACUCCGGAGGAGAACGAAAUUGAAGACUCGAUCGAUGGGGUGGGUGAUGGUGAGGAGGGAUCGGAAGUGGUACAGCGGGUCCGUAACCUGUUACUAAUCGAGGAAGCGGGCGGUAAUUUGCGACUGAUCGAUUUAGACACCGAGGAAGGCCAACAGUUUGUGUUGAAUGGUGGUGUAAAGCGUGGACAGAGUGGUGAGAUUACUGAGACGGAGCAGGAGGUCGAAAGUGACGAAGGUGACAAACAGAAGGAGGAUGAUGGUGAAGCGGGCAAGCUGAAGCUCAAGACUGGCCAAAUUUAGAAGAGAGUAGAGGGAUAGAAAAACGAGUGUUUGAGAUUUAGAUAAUUAGUUCCUUGUUCAUCGUUCAGCAUAUUCAUCGUUCGUAAUGUUACAAAUGCCAUUGAAUCAUUAUUUUUGAAAUAAAAAUUUAGAAAAAAUACAUUUUUUUACAGAAAAUCUUCUUAACC